CAGUCAUUACGAUACUAUGUCCUUGAAUACAUUACAAAAAGGACGAGAGGAUUCAAAGCCCACCCAGUGCUCUUGUACACUAACCGUGUGUCGUUGUUCAAACUUGAGGCUCAAAGAAGUUCCACAAAAUCUUCCACGCACAAUGAUUAAACUUAGCCUUGACCUUAACCUCAUAUCAGACUUGCCAAAUUGUGCUUUCUGUAACUAUUCUCGGUUGAUUUAUUUAGAUCUGUCUUCAAAUAAUUUGACUCAGCUUCAAGUUGGCUCCUUUUGGGGCCUCUUGACUUUAAGCUAUUUAAAUCUCUAUGGAAAUAAAUUAGUAUAUUUAGAAAAGACAUUUCCUAUUCGUGCUUUCUCCGACCUAAAAUCUCUUAAAUAUUUAAAGCUUAACAGAAAUUCCCCACCCAUGUAUAUGGUAAACUACACAUAUCCAGAUAGUAUACUGUCAGAACUAAACAAUUUAGAGACCUUGUUUUUAGAUGGUUUAGAUAGUCUGUACUUUGGAGUUGGCUUCAGAAAAUUAUCAAAACUUAGGACAUUAGUUCUAUCAGGAAGUAAUGAAGGUUUUUGUAAAAUUUAUGAAAUACCAGAAUUUGCUUUCACUAACCUGCAACAGAUAUCGAAGCUUAACAUUAGCAACUGUUUCUUGACUGAGAGGCGGCUAGGUGAUAAUAUUCUGGGGCCGCUGGUCAAUUUGAAAGAUUUGGAUAUCAGUUUUAAUUUUGAAAUGGGGAUCACCUACGCCCUGCGCCAGUUAAAUUUCAUUCGUGGGUACAAGUUGCAGAUAUUGAGGAUGAACUUCGUCCACUCUAGGUAUCUACCCCCAGUUACUUUGAAUAAGUCCAUGAUUCAAAGCUUGCCAGAAAGUUUACGUUACCUGGAGGCACAGGGCAAUAAUAUUGAGUUUGUCGAAGAAGGCGCGCUCUGGGCUAUGCCUCCCAAUCUCACCUACAUCGAUGUUGGAGGAAACAUUUUCUUGUACGGACCGUACACUGAAGAGCUCUACUCACUUCGUAGUCUUGAAGUGCUCAUCCUUAACGGAGGCAACUACCUACCUAAAGUACCAAAAUAUAUGCCCAACAGCUUAUCGGACCAUCGAAACAGCAGUCGCAAAAAAUACAUUCGAUCUUCAAAGCCAUUUAUUGUAACACUUCCGCCCAGACUGCUUUGUCUUGGCCUAAGAUUUGCAGGGCUCAAGUAUCGCUUGACAGAGCUGAGCUUUAAUGAAACGAACUCGUUGGAGUCUUUAAUACUUACUAACAAUUAUUUGCCUACACUACAAGGUCCUAUCAAAGGUCUGACCAAGCUGAAAAAAUUGUUUGUUAGUAACUGUAACGUGGAUGAAAUCGACGAGGAAAUGUUUCAGUAUCUCGAUGAGCUGCAGGAGUUGAGGCUCAGGAAUAAUCAGCUCAACAAUUUUAUUUCAAAAACGCGCAAACCAGUGUUUCAGUAUUUAAAGCAACUUAAAAUACUAGACCUCACCAACAACGCACUGACAGUGGUCCAAAGCAGCAUUAUUGAAGAGCUUGGAAGCCUAGAGAUCAUUGACCUGAGUCGCAAUAACAUGCGACAUUUCAAUUUAAGCCUUACAAAUAUGUCAAGCCUGAAUUUUCUUAACUUAAGUCAUACACAGCUUAGCUCUCUUUCAGUAGAGACGAGACAGAACAUUGACCUUCUGUUGACCAACCAUUCCGUUAGAGUGGACAUGUCGCGGAAUCCAGUACGUUGUGAAUGUGAUAACAUUGACUUUCUGAAGUGGAUGGUCAGCUCCAGGGCCUUCGAUGUCAACCUAACUGACUACAUGUGUCAGUACAAAGACACCAGUACAAUUGUGAUUAAGGAUGCAUAUGAGGAGACGUUGGUGUACCUGGCCGCACGGUGCGCUGACAACUCGACCCUGUUCCUUGUGGUCCUUUCCGUGACGCUUUGCAUGGUGAGCUUCGUCGUAGCUGCAGUAGUCUACAGGUUUCGUUGGAGAUUAAGGUACAUGUACUAUGCGGCCUACCUGGUGGUCAAGGGGAAACGAAAAGACAACCCUGAGGCAGAGUUAUUUCGCUAUGACGUGUUCAUUUCCUACGCAUCUGAAGAUGAAGAAUUCAUCUUGGGGAAACUCUUACCAGAGUUUGACUCACGAGAUCUCAGAGUCUUGGUUCACGGACGAGACUUUGCUGUGGGGGAAUUCAUCGCUUCCAACAUUGUGACUGCAGUCAAAGAGAGCCGGAAAACUUUAGUGGUUCUCACACGAAAUCUUCUCAACAGCACCUGGUGUAACUUUGAAUUACAGAUGGCCAACAUGGAGUCUGUCCACACAGGGCGCCCAGUACUUGUGUUUCUCAUCAAAGAAUCCAUACCUACGACAGAGCUGACCUCUGACCUCUUGUAUCAUCUUAAUAAAAAUACUUACAUCGUCUACCCUCAAGAGGAAAUAACGGAUGUGUUUUGGGACAAACUGGCCAGGGAUCUUUUGCAACUUUAAGCCAAUAAAAUAAUAAUCUUGUAGCAUUA